CCUGUCUCCUCUCCCUCCCAUCCCCCAAUGCCAUCCCCAGAAGACUGUGUCUCAGAAGCCCCAAGCAGCCUUGCCUCCUGACCUCACAGCUGGAGAUACUGGCGUUCCCAGGGAGGAGUUUCGUGACGCAUCCCCCAAACCGAGCUCCAUCUCCUGGCUUCCCUGGCUCUGUCCCCAGCAUCCCAUCCCCCUGAUCAGAGACCACAAACCUCAGACACUUGGCUCUUGUCCUUCAUGCUUGAUCUGUGUGUGGACUGGGUCACCUGUCCUGGUCUUUCUGCCUCCACAGACAUUGGCACGACCCCGAUCAUGAGUGCCUCCUCCAGCUUUGCAUCCCCAGUGCCUCACGCGCCUCAUAGUCCUCGCCCUGCCACAGCCCCAGCUCCGCUUGUCCCGUCAGCCACCAGACUGGUGCAUUUAUAUCGCUCUGUUGUUGCUGGAGCCGGCGCUAGGCUGCUUGCUCCUCCUCUUCCCCGGGAAGUGCCCUCCCCUCGUUUUAGGGCCAGCGCUGCAGCUCGUGUUCCAAGUCCUCAGCCUGGCUCUGAGAGGUUCCUGCACACAAGGCCGAAGAGUGCGGGCAGCACAGUUCCCGAGACAUGCCUCACGCGGGGCCGGACACAGCUGGACUGAGUGGAGCUUCAAGAAGGGGGAUUCUGAGAAAGAGGGCUCUUCAGGGCUUCUCGGGAGCCAGGAGAGUUGACCCCUUGAAUAGAGGUGUGAAUGUGAAAGAAGAAACAUGAGGCCUGCUCACAUGGUCGCGAGGGCUGGUUCUGAAGAGCAAAGGUGGACGCCGAAGUCCUGACCCUUGGCUGGGACAGAAGAAUCCACCUGUGAGAGACUCUUUCCUGAGUUCAUCCCAUCUGUACCCCUGGGAGGGUGAAGCUGAGGGGGCACUAAAGACCCAGUCUGAUACCAUGGGGAAACCUGGGAGUUAGCAGGAAGAUUCCAAGCCAGCACGGAUUUUGGCUGCAGAAGAGGUGCCGAGUACAGGCUGGUGUCAUGCUUGUGUUAGUAACCUGUCUUGCUGAUUCCCUGGCUACAAAAAAAGCGAAAGUGAAAUAGAGGGGAGAGGGACAGUGCUUUCCCAGAAGGACUUCACUAAUCCUGCCCUUCCCAGAACCAGCUCCAGCGAAGAGGGCUUUGCUUCUCUUUGUGUUGGGCCCAGAGAGGAAGUUGUUACAGAUAAAUAGAACCAGGCACGCCAGCUCCCGACACAUCCGUCAAGACCAUGAGACAGAACUGGACACCAGAUCGCAGCCCUUUGCUGGUCCUGCUUCUGUGUGCCCACAUGGUCUGUCACCUGGCUGGAGCCACACCUAUACCUCAGGCCACUGCCACUGCCUCAACUGGGAUCACAAAGGACCCCUGCCCUUCCUGGCUCCCAACAGCUAAGCAGUGCCCAGCAUUGGAGGUGACCUGGCCGGAAGUGGAAGUCCCACUGAAUGGAACGCUGACCUUGUCCUGUGCCGCCUGCAGCCGCUUCCCCUUCAGCAUCCUCUACUGGCUGGGCAACGGCUCCUUCAUCGAGCACCUCCCAGGUCGGCUGAGAGAGGGCAGCAGCAGCAGGGAGUACCGGGGUGCACGCACCCAGCUACGGAGGGCCCUGGUGCUAGAGGAGCUGAGCCCCACCCUGCGCAACACCAACUUCUCCUGUGUCUUUGCUGAUCCUGAGCAGACCGCCCAGCGUCACGUCAUCCCAGCUCAGCUCUGGGCUGGGCUGAAGACCGUCAUGCCUUCUGUUCAAGAAGCCCCGCCCUCCAGCAGGUCCCCCCUGCCUCGUCAUCGCGACAGGUGAACUCCAAAGCCUGGUUGAGUCGUCUCCUCUUCACUGAGGUCUACAUGCUUUUGCAGCUCUGGCCUCCCUCUAAUGGACUGUCCCAGGGAAGGGAUGGGAUAAAUGCUACUUCUGAUCCACAGCUGCAUCUUUGUCACACCUGGCAGGGCCCACAGUGGGCAUGCAUAAAUGGUUUUUCAAUGGA